AUGAACAGUUUUGGAAAUAUGAAUCUGCAACAUCAGAAUUCUAGCAAAGUGACUGAGAUUCUUCUCUUGGGAUUUCAACAUUUGAAAAGUUUUCAUAUUUAUUUAUUUCCCCUGUUGUUUAUCAUCUUCUGUGUGACCAUCUGUGGGAACCUCCUGAUCAUUGUGGUGGUGUCCUACAGCCAAUCGCUCCACUCCCCCAUGUACUUCUUCCUCACACAACUCUCCCUUACCGACCUCUUACUCACCACCACCAUAGUACCCAACAUGUUCCACAUUGUGCUUAAUGAAGGAAGUGCUGUGUCUUUCAUCGGCUGCUUGACACAAUUUUAUUUCUUUUCAGCCUCUGAGGCUUUGGAGUGUCUUCUCCUGACGGUGAUGUCCUAUGACCGGUAUCAGGCCAUCUGUAACCCUCUACAUUACUCCUCCCUCAUAGACCUCUCAUUUUGUAUCAGAGCCAUUUUAUUGUGCUGGUUGGUGAUUUUCGGGAUAGUGUUCAUGAUAUAUUUGACGUUGAGUCGUUUGGAUUUCUGUGGACCAAACAUCAUUGACCAUUUCUUCUGUGACUUAGAACCUUUACUGGAGCUUUCCUGUUCUGAUACUUUCACAAUGAAGUUAGAGACCAUGUUUUUGGCUAUUUUUCUUGCAAUCUUCCCGGUUACAGUUAUAAUAGUCUCAUAUGCGUACAUUAUCUUCACAAUACUGAAGAUCCCCUCUGUGACCGGGAGGCUGAAGACCUUCACCACCUGUAGCGCCCAUUUAACUGUGGUGACCCUGUUUUAUGGAUCACUUAUUACCAUGUAUGUUUUUCCACACCAACAAAAUGCAAAGACAUUACUGUCACUGUUCUACACUGUGGUAACUCCUCUUGUUAACCCUAUGAUAUACAGUCUGAGUAACACAGAUAUUAAGCUUGCUCUUAAGAAACUUUUGAAUAAUGUUUGUUCAGUUUUUAAUGUAAAUUGGAUUCUUGGUCCUUCUGCCUUACCGCUUAAAGAAAAACACCGCCCUCCCCCAUAUUCAUUUAUUAGAUAA